AUGGCGGUAGAGGCCGGCAGAAUGGACUGGCACUUGAUGCCUAAGAGCUUCCAGGGGACGACCGCUUGGUACAUAUGCGUCGUUGCGAUUGUUGCCUAUGGAAUUUACCGGAUCCUUCAAAUCGGGCGAAGAGACAAACGCAUGCCUCCAGGGCCUCCUACACUACCCUUGUUGGGAAAUCUUCACCAGAUACCCAUCACUGGAAUAUUCAAGGAAUGGGGCGAGGAGUUCGGCGGAAUCUAUUCCCUCAAGUUCGCUUCCUCCAAUGUCAUCGUCCUCUAUGACCGCAAGGCAGUUCAUGAUCUGGUAGACAAAAAGGGUUUGCUCUACGCAGAGAGACCUCACAGCUUCGUGAAUGAUCUGGUUACCCACGGAGACAGCCUUGUGUUUCAAGACCACCAUGAAAGACAGAAAGCCAAACGCAAGAUUGCCACCCACAAUUUCUCUCCAAAAGUACUGGACGAGAGAGUCGCCCCCGUUCAAGAUGCCGAGGUGACGGUCUUGUUGAAUGAUCUCAUCCAGAAGCCCGAGGACUUCUAUAACCACAUGAAACGCUUGACCUCGUCUAUCGCUUGCAUUCUGGUAUUCGGUCACCGAGCCCUGUCGUAUGAGGACUUCUGGGGUCAUUGUGUUUACGAUGCAUUGGACAAGGUAUUGUUGACCAGCAGCACCACUGCACGGUAUCCAUUGGACGAGUUCCCCGUGCUCAAGUAUCUGCCCGAGUUCCUGUGUCCCUGGAAAACCCGAGCUAAAUACGCCGGGACUGUGAUGCACAAUAUCUGGAGCGAGGCGCGCAGAAGAGUCGACGAACGAAGGAAACGGGGAGACAUUCGGACCUCCCUUGGCUCCCUCGCCGACAAGCUCUUGGAUGAGUACACAGAAAAGGGCUCCCCCUUGAGCAAGCAAGAGCUUGACCACUUUUUCGGCUUGCUUGUCGAGGGUGGCGCUGAAACGACUUCUUCCACGAUGCUGACCCUUGUUCUCUGCCUCGCCAUGAACCCUCACGUCCAGGCAAAAGCUCAGAGGGAGCUGGACGCUGUGUGUGGUACAGAACGGAUGCCCCAGUGGUCAGAUUUCAAUCGUCUUCCAUACAUAAACUGCAUCAUCAAGGAAGGAAUGAGAUGGCGUCCUGCGGCGCCUGUAGGCAUUCCCCACCGCGUGGCCGAAGAUGACUACUACGAAGGAAUGUUGAUUCCCAAAGACUCGACUAUAUUCAUUCCUACAUGGGCUCUGCACCAUGCGGAGCGGUUUGGCUAUGACGACCCUUAUAGAUUCAAGCCUGAGAGAUACAUCAACCAUCCGAAGCUUGCCAACGACUAUGCCGGUGGCGCCGACUACAAUAACCGAGAUAAGCAUUCCCCCUUCAUCCUAACCAAACUACUCUGGGCUUUUGAUAUCCUUCCCGGUUUGGACCCGGCCACGGGGAAACCGGUCAAGCUGGACCCCGACAACUAUAUCGAAGGUCUACUACAUGGUCCAGCUCCGUUCAAGUGUGUAUUUAAACCAAGAAGUCAGGCACACAUUGACGUUAUCACGCGGGAGCUCGCCAGCGCCAGGAAAUUCCUUGCUCCGUAUGAGUGA